AUAGGGGAGGUGGGGGUAGUAGCCAGCUGUGUUGCGUAUUUAUCGGUCUGGUGGAUCAUUGUUACUGGAAUUCGUGAAGAAUUGUGUUCUGACUUCAAUCUCCAGGUUUUUAGAACAUUCCUAGAUAUGGGUGGAAAGAAGCAGCCUCGUACCAAAAAUAACACACAGCCUUCAAGCAGCGACAGGCAUGCCCAGCGCCUGGGAACUGACCAGCUGAUUGGGUUCAGUGCACUCAGUGACCUGGGCUAUGUGCCCGCACCAGUGGGUGGGGCACAGGAUGAGGGCAGUAGUGGAGCUGUCUCCGGCCAGAUGCGUGCAGUGCUGAAGAAGAUGGCGAAAAAAGAUGCGACCACGAAGUCAAAGGCCACACAAGAGUUUACUGAGCUCUGUGACAGUCACAGCCUUGACGACGUCAAGCUGGCUCUGCCAUUCUGGCCCAGGCUGUACCGCAAGCUGGCGACAGACGUUGACAACCGCGUCCGCGAGAUGUCGCACGUGGCGCUGCAGCGGCUGCUGCUGCGCGUGCGCAAGGCGGCCACGCCACACAUGGCCGAGCUGGUGCCGGUCUGGCUGUGCUCACAGAACGACCCGUACCCGCCGGCGGCCACGGCCGCGCGCCGCGCCUUCCAGAAUGUGUUUUCUGUACCUGAGAAACAAUCUGGUGCUGUGAAGUUCUGCUACUCAAGCGUCCUAGCAUACGUUAAGGAGGGUCUGUAUGACCAGACGCCCCAGACAUACUCAGAUCCCAGUGUGAUGUCGGUAGAUGAGCUGGAGGCGCGGUUUGUCCGCCUGCUGACCGGCUGUCUCUCGGGACUACGCGAGCUGCUGGAGCUCCUCCCUGAGGACCCCGAGGACGCCAGGGGAGCCUCGUCUGACCAGCCUCUCGCCGACAUUGUCACGCACAACAAGUUCGUCAAGCUAGCCAAGCACAGCCACCCGCAGGUGCGCCGCUGGUGGUUCUGCCUGGUGUCGCGCUUCUGCGCCCGUCGGCCCGGUCUGGUGGCGGCCGCCGGAGCCCGGACUGCUGGAGCCUGGUGA